GAGAGAGGAAGAGUGGAUGGGUUGGACAUAACAGAGAAUAUGCAGUAUUCAGUAUAUCAGUAAGAUUUGGAGAAAUGCUGCCAGAUGGAAAAGCAAUGAAAAAAAUAAAUCACACCUUCCAGGAAAAAACACAUGAUUCUUCUUUAUGUUUGCCUGUGAGACGCCGAUUCUACAGCGACUGGUUGUUCUGGUGGUGUGCCAUGGCUUUGCAGUGGGUCAGACCGCGUCACGUUACAACCUGAUCCAGACACCCAUGCCCUGGUCCAAAGCCCGGGAGUUCUGUCAGAAGCACCAUGUGGACCUCGCUGUCCUAAAUGCAGAAGAGCAAUACUUCACUCUCCUCAAUGCCACACAUGCAAACCAAGCCAGCUUUUGGCUUGGUCUGCAGCGCCAGAGCAUAUUCAGUGGCUGGACCUGGGUGAACGGAGAGGUGUUGAGCUAUGAAUACUGGUACAGGAGAAAUUAUGAAGGCCUGUGUGCAAGUCUGGAGGCCAUGUUGAAGAAAGAGAAGAAGCUGCUGGCUCGCUACUGUGAUGAGCCACACAUGUUCGUCUGUCAGGGUCCAGUUUCCCCACAGCCAGUGGCGGUGGACUCUGUGAGCACUGAUCAGUUGAAUCUUAGCUGGAACGUAUCUGCUUUUAUGCAAAUGACACCACACGGUUACAACGUGACGGCAUGCAACAGCACCUGUGACACACUCCUUUAUUCCUACACUGGUGGCUCUGCAUCCAUGAGCAUCAACAUCUCCAACUUAACUUCAGCCACUGAGUACUUCAUCAAGAUCGCUGCUUUUGUUGUUCGGCCCGACAGUGUCACUAGUGGAAAAAUGAUCUUUCAAAGUAACCCCACAGCUUUACAAGUGAAAACAGCAGAUUCUUUUCAGCAGUCCAAAGUCAUCACUGUCAUUUUGAAGUCACUGAAGCUCAUGUCUCUGGGUCCUCCCUUGUGGAUUCUUUAUUGUAUCCUGAGAAAAGACAAACCUCUUUUCUUGGAUGAUGAUGAUGAUGAUGAUGCAGAUCAUGAGGUCUCAUCAGUGGACUUAUUAACUGUGGACACAGUUAUUGAGCUGAUCCCUGAGAAAACAAGAGGAAUCAACUAAAGGAGGGGAAAAAUUGUAUUCUAUACCGCCAUCGAGGAAUCCUUGAGACUGGGGUCUAGAGGGCAGAGAAAGGCUGUUCAACCCUUUACUAACAUUGUUCACAAUGGUGUGAUGGGCUGAUGAAAAAAUAUGGAAUUGGACACAACUGAUCGGUUUAAGGAAAACAAAUUUUUGAUCAGAAGGUGAAGUCACCUGGUAAGUCAUGAGAACACAGACAUGAAAAUGCUUCAUGCUUCAUGCUUUAAUCGUGCUGAUCCUGGUGCCUGUCAUCAGCUAAAGGUUUAAGUUAAGCUAAAUAGUUUAAUAUGCAAGGAAUAUAAACACAAAAACAACAGAUGGAACGUGGUCAUAGAUACACGUCUUUUGAACGUGUAUCAAUAAAAGUCAUUUUUAUUGUUUGUUCUUUGAUCUCAGGUGCUUAAAGGUUCUGUAAAUUUUCAUCACUGCCACUAGAUGUCGCACUACACCCCCCCCAUAGUUCUCAGUCAGCAAGCCCAGUGGAAGCGACAACUAAACACACAACAAGAAGCACAACUAAAUAAAGUUACUCUGUGUACACGAGAGUCAUCAGAACAACAAACCAGCCACAACCAUUAGCGCACACCAGCAUUGCUGUGAUAUGCUCCACAGCAAUGCUUGCAGUAAGCCAGCUAGCGAUAGCAACAUUUGCCACACACAUUCAUGGUAUCAGUAACAACAAGUUAGCUGAUGUUAUCACGCCUACUGUAGCCGGUCACUAAUGAGAACAGGCAUGUAACACUGUGUAGGCAUUGAUUUACUUAUGCUUCGAGGAGAAGAAAAGCCAGUUCCUAGUCAAGCUGGAGCACUUUAGCAGAGGGGGUGUGACUGAAGCCAUUAUUCCACCAUAUAUUUACAUAAAAUAUAGUUUUUUACUGUUAUAUUAUCGUUUAAAAUCUCGUUUACAGAACCUUUAAGGCACACGACUGAUAACUAGACCAAUGAGUAUACGGCACGUGAAGUCAUAGUAGGUGACUCACAAUAUGCAAAGUAAUGACGCACUACUCCACUGAGCUGUAGAUUGAUAGUUACAAUUUUGAUUUAUAGUUUAGAUGUAUAUACUGUACACACAGUACACAGCAGUGGGGAACCCUCUGUGCCUUUCAGACCUUCAGAGAAGGCCCAACAUAUCAGCAUAUCAAAUGUGUAAUUUCUGCUAUCCAGUAUUUAAUUUAUUUUAUUUAAUAACUAUUCUCUUCUAAUUUUAAUCUUGAUUUUCUAUUAAGUUUGCUUCAGAAAUGAAAGGGUUAUGAUCUUAAAAUAGAGUGAACCCAAGUUAGUCAUUACUGAGAUAAUGUACCAUGCCAUAGCAUAAGCUAAUGUGUUAGCUUGAAUGAACUACAGUGAACACACGGUUGAUUGUAGUGUUCACAAAGGUUUACCUGUAAGUGUGAUCUAUAUUAUGAGGCUUUCUUUCCUUCGAGAUUGAGUUAAGUCCUGGGUUAGUACUGUAAACCCAACAAAGGUAGCUAGAAAUAUGGUCUCUAAAUGUAGUUUUAUCAGAGUAUUAAGACUCUGUGUGAGUGAAGCUUUUUUUUUUUUCACACAGGGAUUAUCCCGUUACUUAGUUAAGUUUAUUUUAAAUGCAGGAGGUUAGCAAAUGUGAAAACGUCAUCUGGUGUCCCUGGCCAGACGUUACUUAAAAGCUGCCUAAAAGCCUUGACUAAAAACAUUAUUUUAGUGAAACUAUGCUAUGAUAAAAUUUCAUUUCAAAUCAAGGCUUAAAGGGAAACAUUA